ACAGAGUUUUUGACUACUUUACUUCAAAGGAAAACAGUGUCCAUUUGUAUUAGUUGAGAAAGCAGCAAACUGUAAAGAAAUGAAAAUUUAGAAGGUGAUUUGCGAAGAUGGGAGCAAAUAGCAGCAGUAUCGGUGAACUUCCAGAAAAUGAAUACUUAAAGUUGUCAGGAGCAGAGCCUAUCUCUGAGAAUGACCCCUUCUGGAAUCAGCUACUGUCUUUUAGCUUUACCACUCCAACGAACAGUGCGGACUUAAAGCUCUUGGAAGAAGCCACCAUCUCAGUCUGCAAGUCUUUAGUUGAAAAGAAUCCUGGAACAGGAAACCUUGGGUCAUUGACUAAAGUCUUUCUUUCUAGAACCAAAGAAUUAAAAAUAUCAGCAGAAUGUCAGAG